GUAACCCAGAAAUCAGGUUUGGACUUUAUAUUCUUCUACCUUAAGGCGUGGGGGCUCACUUUUCCUGUGACAGCUCAGAGAAAAUUCCUCCACUGUUGCAGAGAUUGAAGAGUUAAUCCAUGGAGAGCGUCCAAGGAGUCUCACUUCUGCUUCUCAUCCUGAGUGUUUCCCUCUUGGCAAGUCCAACCGUCGAGGGUGGAAAAAUCCUGGUGUUCCCGGUCGAUGGCAGCCACUGGGUCAACAUGAACCUCAUGAUCCAGGACCUCCACGCCAGAGGCCACGAGGUUACUGUGGUCCGCACAUCCACUAGCUGGUACAUCAAGGAGAGUGCGCCACAUUACCGCUCCAUCACCAUCACUUUACAGGAGGCCAUCAGCAUAGAGGAGCAGGACUUCUUUGUUACCUUCCUGGUGAAGAUGCUGGAGAUUCAGAAAGCAGGGGCAUCUCCUAUUGCCUUUAUGAAAUUCUGGUGGGAAAUGUUGACCUCUCUUUCAGAUAUCCACAAACAAGCCAGCCUGGUUGGGGUUGAAAUUCUGGAGAACAAGACUCUACUGCAGAGUCUUCGUGACACUCAGUUUGACGUAGUUCUUAUUGACCCAGGCUUGCCUGUGGGAGUUGUUGUGGCUCAUGAACUUAAGCUGCCAACUGUUUUUAAUGUGAGAUGGAUCACCAGUGGGGAGGGGCAUUUCGUUGUGGCUCCAUCUCCAACAUCCUACGUUCCAACUUCAGGACACGCUGCAUCUGACAGAAUGACCUUUGUGGAAAGAGUCAAGAACAUCUUACACUAUCUCCUCAACAUAUACAUUGACAGAUUUAUAGUAUGUCCUCACUAUGAUCAAUUGGUAGACAAAUACUUUGGUCCAGAUGUUGACUUCUAUCAUCUUCUACAAGGAACGGACAUCUGGCUCAUGAGGGUGGAUUUUGUCUUCGAGUUCCCCAGACCCACCAUGCCAAACGUUGUCUACAUUGGCGGCUUUCAGUGUAAGCCUUCGGAGCCUUUAUCGUCAGAGCUGGAGGAGUUUGUUCAAAGUUCAGGAGAGCAUGGGUUCAUCCUGAUGUCUCUUGGUACAUUGGUGAAGGGUCUGCCAAUAGAAAUCACUUCUGAAAUCGCUGCUGCCUUCGCCCAAAUUCCCCAGAAGGUGAUAUGGAGGCAUGUUGGUGAUCCUCCUAAAAAUCUGGGCAAUAACACCCUCCUGGUGAAAUGGUUGCCUCAAAACGAUCUCUUGGGUCACCCAAAGGCAAGAGCUUUUGUGGCCCAUGGUGGUACCAACGGGGUCUACGAGUCCAUCUACCAUGGAGUUCCAAUUAUAGGCAUGCCGCUUCUCUUUGACCAGUUUGAGAACAUUUUAAGAUUAGAGGCACGAGGAGCUGCCAAAUCUGUUGAUGCAUCCACACUCACUAGCCAGAACUUUCUAGAAACAAUACAGGAAGUCCUUCACAAUCCGUCCUACAGGGAUAACAUGAAACGUCUGUCGUCUCUCCAUCGGGACACACCAAUGCACCCUCUGGACACCGCCAUUUACUGGAUUGAGUUUGUUAUGAGGCACAAAGGCGCUUCCCAUUUGCGCACUGAGUCUUAUAAAAUGCCUUGGUAUGCCUACCAUUCUGUGGAUGUUAUUUGCUUUUUCUUAGCAUCCAUGUUGAUGUUAAUAGCCGCUGUAGUGGGAACAAUACGAUUCCUUUGCUUCAGACUGUGCAGGAGGAGAAAAUCCAAGCAGGAGUAGCUACUGACUCUGCACACCAAGGGAUUACUUGUUGAAAUCAGCUUGUCAUGUGAAAGGACAGGGCAAGCCAAAAUAAAGACUCAGUCCCAUUUCUAACUUUACCCAAACCCCUUGUUUUUGAGGUGCCCCCUUGCUACCCUAGAGUUAACAGUUAACAGACAAUGUUAUGCAACAACUCUCAAUGUUAUCCCACAACUCUCAGUUUGGAGUGUGCCUCUGCAAAAUGCCCAUUUUAAGAGCCAUAAAGCAUUUCAUCCAACCCUCCAUUCCAGCAAAAAACAGGACCCCUAGAUGUGAACAUGCUGAACGUAGCAGUAGGCUAAGUGGUAGGGUAAAGGAGUGUAUUGGGUUUGAGUCUUAUGUUUGAAGCCACACUAGCAGCAUUGCUUCAUAGAGGGCAAUACCGGUCUUUUAGCCUGGCGGUAAGUGGUGAGCCCAA